AUGUCUUUCUUUCUUUUCAUGGACUUUUUCUUUUGUUAUUCUUCAUUGCUUUCUUAUCAUUUCAUUUGCUUCUUCUUUACGUUUUAUUCUAUCAUUUCUUUCUUUCUUUCUUUCUUUCUUUCUUUCUAUUCAUUCUUUCUUUCUCUUCUCACUCUUUUGAUUACAUUUUCUUUUCUUCUGACAUUUUUCUUUCAUUCUGAUGCUUUUUUAUUUUCUUAUUUGCCUUUCUAUUUUUUGUUUCUUUGGUGUUUUGUUUCUUUUAUAUUUGCUGCUAUUUUUUGUCUGCUUCUUACUUAUUUUCUUUCUUAUCGCCUAUUUUUCGUUUUUUUUUUUUGUCUUCUUUCCUUUGUCAUGUUACUGUUUUCUUCUUUUUUACUUUCUUAUUUUUCAUUUCUUUUCAUUCAUUCAUUCAUUCUUUCUUGGUUUAUUUUUAUUUCCUUUAAUUUUAAAUCUUUCUUUCUUUCCUUCCUUUUGAUUUCUCUUGUUACUUCCUUGUUCUUUUUUAUUUCGUUGCUUUACUUUCUUUCUUUCUUUCUUUCUUUCUUUCUUUUUUCUUUUGUUACUGCUUUCAUCUUUUUACUUCCUUUAUCAGAUCAUUCUUUCUUCUUUGUUAGUUCUUUUUUUAUUUCCUUGAUUCCUAAAUAUUUCUUUCUUUUUUAUGUUACUUCUUUGUCCAUUUUUAUUUCCUUACUCUUCACUUCUUUCUGUCACUCUUUCUCAAAUUCCAUUCUCUUGCGUCUUUUUAUGCUUUUCCUUUUUUUUUCAGACGAAAUGAAUCCACGACUGUGA